UUCACGCUUUGCCCUCGCUGCCUGCGGUCGUGUGUGCUAACGUAUCGGUCUCGAGCUUUAUAGACGAAAAUCGAAUUGCGUGGCCGACAAAUAACUUAUAUCGAAAACUCUAUUAAACCCAGCUAGUUAAUUAUACCUACACGAUGUCCGCGAUAGACGCGCUCUACAACCGUCCUGGCCCGAACCGCCUCAGGCAGGCGGACUCGUACCGCACCACCAACCGCCAGGAUGCCGUCAAGAUUCGGCUGGCGAAGGAGGGAAUUGGCGCCGAGGAGCCCAUCUCAGUGCCCGGCCUCCUGAAGCGCACCGUCAACAAUUACGGCGACUAUCCGGCCCUGCGGACCAAGAACGGCAAGAACGGCUAUCACACGGUCACCUACAAACAAUACGAGGAGAAGGUGCACCAGGUGGCCAAGGCCUUCAUCAAACUCGGCCUGGAGGAGCACCACUCGGUGGGUGUGCUGGCCUUCAACUGCGCCGAGUGGUUCUACUCGGCCAUGGGUGCCAUCCACGCUCGGGGAAUCAUCGCCGGCAUCUACACCACCAACUCCGCCGAUGCGGUUCUCCACGUUCUGGAGAGCUCUCAUGCCCAAAUUGUCGUGGUGGAUGAUGCCAAGCAGAUGGAGAAGAUCCACUCCAUCCGCGACAAGCUGCCCAAGCUCAAGGCAGCCAUCCAGAUCCAGGAGCCAUAUGCUCCUUACCUCAAGAAGGAAGAUGGCUACUACAGGUGGUCGGAGAUCGAAUCGAUGAACGUGGCCGACGUGGAGGAGCAGUACAAGACUCGCCUAGAGAACGUGGCGAUCAACGAGUGCUGCUGCCUGGUCUACACCUCCGGCACGGUGGGAAUGCCCAAGGGCGUGAUGCUCUCCCACGACAACAUCACCUUCGACGUGCGCGGCAUUGUGAAGGCCAUGGACCGGGUGGUCGUGGGUGCGGAGGCGAUCGUCUCCUAUCUCCCUCUCUCCCACGUGGCCGCCCAAACGGUGGACAUCUACACCUGCGCCUUUGUGGCCGGUUGCAUUUGGUUCGCCGACAAGGAUGCGCUUAAAGGAACACUGGUGAAGUCCUUGCAGGAUGCUCGACCCACGCGAUUCAUGGGAGUGCCGCGUGUCUACGAGAAGUUCCAGGAGCGAAUGGUCGCGGUGGCCAGCUCCAGUGGAAGCCUGAAGAAGAUGCUCGCCAGCUGGGCCAAGGGCAUCACGCUGAAGCACUACAUGGUGAGUCAAGGUAAGAGCUCCGGGGGAUUUCGCUACAAGAUUGCCAAGUCGCUCAUCAUGUCCAAGGUGAAGCAGGCCCUCGGCUUCGAUCGGGUUUUGACCCUGGCCAGUGCCGCAGCUCCCAUGUCACCAGAAACGAAGAAGUACUUCCUCAGCUUGGACCUGAAGAUUGUGGAUGCGUUUGGAAUGUCCGAAACAGCUGGAUGCCACACCAUCUGUCUGCCCGAUUCCACCGGCCUCAAUACAAUUGGCAAAACCCUGCCUGGUUGUGAGUCCAAGUUCAUCAACAAGGACAGCAAUGGUCAUGGAGAGCUCUGCAUUCGAGGACGUCACGUUUUCAUGGGCUACAUCGAUAAUAAGGAGAAGACCGAGGAGGCGCUGGACGACGACUGCUGGCUGCACUCCGGUGAUUUGGGUUAUGUGGACGACAAGGGAUAUGUCUCGCUGACUGGACGAUCCAAGGAGAUUAUCAUCACCGCUGGCGGAGAGAACAUUCCACCUGUGCACAUCGAGAACACCAUCAAAAAGGAGCUGGAUGCCAUUUCCAAUGCAUUUUUGGUGGGCGAGCAGCGCAAGUAUCUCACUGUGCUGAUUACCAUUAAGACCGAAGUGGACAAAGAAACUGGUGAGCCUCUGGACGAGCUGAGCCACGAAUCCUCUGUUUGGGUUAAGUCCCUGGGUGUGGAGUACAAGACCGUGUCGGAGAUCCUGGCCGCAGGACCCUGCCCCAAGGUGUGGAAGUCCAUCGAGGACGCCAUCAAGCGGGCCAACAAACAGUCCAUUUCCAACGCCCAAAAGGUGCAGAAGUUCACCAUUCUGCCGCACGACUUCUCCAUUCCCACCGGUGAACUUGGACCCACUUUGAAGGUCAAGCGCAACGUGGUUUCCAAAAUGUACGCCGACGUGAUCGAGAAACUAUACGAGUAGAUUCCUUUCAAGAAUCGAUGAUCAGAGAGGAUAGAGUUAGCCGCGGAACUUGAGCUUUAAUGUGAAUUUGAAUUUAUCGGACUUCCAAGCCAAUUGAGUGCCACUUUUUAUAGGAUUUAGGCUGAUGUUAACUGUUGGAUAUUAUACUUAGGACGACAUUAGCUUGCCUCCGUUAAGAUCCAUUUAGAUCUUUCAACUAGUAUCUAAGUUUUAUUUUGUAUAUGCUAUUUGGUUGUACCAACUGAACAAAUGAACAUUUUUUAUUGUCUGAAGAGCAACAAUAAAUUCGUAACUAGAUGUUAAACUGGGA